AUGAAAGUGAAGAUCAAAUGUGACCGGCACAAUCCUUGCUCCAAGUGUCGAGCGGCUAAAGUAGACUGCUCAUACCCUUCUGGAGGUGAAAGAUCACGUCCAGCUUCGAAGAAGCAUGUGCAAGCCUUGGAGAGUCAGGUGAGCUCGCUGGAGUUGUUCAUUCAAGAUCUCGCCUCUGCCGAUGAUGCUACGAGGUCUCGACUCCUCGCCGGAAUAUCCUCAUCACCUCCAUCAUAUCAACCGCACCCCCAACCUGCGAGCCAACCGCUCAUGGUAGACGAUCAUGUGCCAUCAGCUGCAUCAGGCUCUCCCUCAGAGUCCGGAGAUCUCGUCCUUGCCAGAGCAAGGGAAGGCCGGAUGUGCAAGCUCGCGGCUGCGAGAAAGGCGUCCCAGUUUUACGGCGGCACCAGCUUGUUCGUGCAACUCUCGGAGACGACACCCCCAAACCCUCAGCAACUUGCAGGGCCCUCUGAGAGUCCUGGGGAGCGCCGAUUAGACCCAGACACGGAAACUACACACAACGACAACAUGGAGUAUCAGGCAUACUCGUUUCAGCCCAAGGACAAAACUUGCCGUCAACUAAUGGCAACGUUCUUCCAGACUGUUUACCAAUACAACAUGUGCGUCUACCGCGAAUACUUCCUCCGAGAUUAUCAUGCCGAAAGCGGGCCUUACUACUCAGAUACGCUCAUGUUCUCCAUCUGUGCCGUCGGCGCCUCAAUCUCGAAAGAGCCCGCACUCAGGGCACUCCUGCCAGUCUUUCUCAAACGCGCCGGCGCCAUGGUCUUCGACUCCCUCGAGCUGCCCGAUCUUACAACUCUCCAGUCACUCAUAAUCUUGGGUCAUCUAGAGAUUGGACAAGGAAGAAGCUCAAAAGGCUGGCUGUUCUGCGGCAUGGCGUUCCGCCUGACACAUGAGAUGGGCUUGCAUUUGGAUCCAGGAAACUGGACAAACAGCAAAUCGGAAUCUUCUGUCGACAGGGAGAUCCUGCGGCGCGUCUACUGGGCGGUCUUCAUUGUCGACAAGCAAAUGAGCCUCUAUUUUGGACGGCCGCCGGCGCUGUAUCCUCACGAAGCCGCACGUUCGAAACACGAUCCGCAUCCCGUACCCCCCUGA